AUGGAUCUACUCACAAACUUCCUCACCACCAUCGGCGAAGAAGUGGAAGACGCAGAAGAGGAAUCCUUCCUCCUCUUCUCCCAAGACAUCCCCUCCGCCAACCUAGGGUUCGUCGACUCCCGCGCCACAACCAUCGACCUGACCAUUCACGACCAAGACUAUACCAUUCAUCAAUCUCCGACUCUGCUAUCAUCUUCCAGAGCAGGCGGUACAACUGGUGCAGUCCUCUGGAAAAUCACCCCCCUAAUCGCCGAAUGGCUCUCCAACAACACCAACAAUAACAAUACCAAAGUCAACCCCCUCUGGACACACAACAUCCUAACCCCAACCUCCACCAUCGUCGAACUAGGCAGCGGCAUCUCCGCACUCCUAGCCCUAUCCCUCUCACCAAAGAUAUCCCACUACAUCGCCACCGACCAGGAAUACGUGCAGAGAUUAUUUCGCCAGAAUCUGGAUGAGAAUGCCAAUACCAUUACUUCUACCUCUACCGGUAGUAGUAGUAAAUCUUCCAAGGCGGGGAAGAAAUCCAGCAAAGCGUUAGCGGCAGCUCGGAAAACCCCCCAGGGACAAGCGACUGGGAAUGGGAAUGUGAUAUUCACAUCCCUAGAUUGGGAGUUGGAUGUUGCGGGAUCGCUUAAGGAAGGGUUGGGAUUGUGCACUACUACCGUGGGUGAUAGUGGAGAGGAAGAAGAAGAAGAUAAAGGUUUCGACGUGGUGGUGUCUUGCGACUGUAUCUACAACGAUGCGUUGGUAGCGCCGUUUGUGCGCACGUGUGCGGAUUUGUGUCGCUUGAGGCCGGUGUAUACUCCCCCUGGUAGUAGUGGUAGUAGUAUUGGUGAGGGGGGUUCUAGUGGGACAGGGAGGGGGAGGGGGAGGACGCCGACGGUGUGUGUGAUUGCGCAGCAGCAGCGGUCACCGGAGGUGUUUGAGGCGUGGUUACGGGAGACGUUGAGGGUGUUUCGCGUGUGGAGGGUGAGUGAUGAGAUGUUGGGGGAGAAGUUGAUGUCUGGGAGUGGGUAUUUGGUGCAUGUUUUGGUUUUGAGGUAG